AUGAGGCGCGUUGCACUUGCCAGUGCUGCCCUGGCCUUCUGUCUACCCGCCCAAUGGGUGGCAGGCGCCGCCGCCACCGCCGCCUCCGGGUUCGAGGACUACGCCUCUGCCGCCUCCGCCGCCAGAUUCGAAGACUACGUUUCCGCCUCCUCCGCCGCCGGAUUCGAAGCGGACGCUUCCGCCGCCUCCGCCGCCGGAUUCGAAACGUGCGACCGCUGGGUUGAUCUGCAUCUGGUCUGCGAGCUUCUGAAUCCUCCCGACAAUGUAUUCCAGCUGCGGAUCCGGCCCCAGAUUGAUGGAAAUGCCCAAGGUCUUCAGGAAAGCUUCGACAUUUCGGUGCGGGUCCUCUUCGCCCGCGGGCGCGCCUCGGCGCCUUGCGUCAUCUUCUUCGACGAGCUCGACGCGCUCGUGCCGCGCCGCGGCGGCGAGGCUGGCUCGCAGGCCACCGAGCGCGUCGUCAACCAGCUGCUCACCGAGAUGGACGGCCUCGAGAACCGCGCCGCCGUCUACGUCGUCGCCGCCACCAACCGGCCAGACAUCAUCGACCCGGCGAUGCUCCGGCCCGGCCGGCUCGACAAGCUCCUCUACGUCCCCCUCCCGCCCCCCGGCGCGCGGGCCGACAUCCUGCGCGCCGCCGCGCGCCGCACGCCGCUCGCGCCCGACGUCGACCUCGAGGCGGUCGCGCGCGACCCGCGCAGUGACGGCCUCUCUGGCGCCGACCUGGCGCACCUGGUCCGCGAGGCGGCCACCAACGCGCUGCGCGAUCUGCGCGCGGCGGAGAGCGGCGGCGGCGGAGGCGGAGGCGAAGGCGGAGGCGAAGGCGGAGGCGAAGGCGGAGGCGUAGGCGUGCAGGUCCAGCGGGCGCACUUCGAGCGCGCGCUCGACACGGUGCGGCCGUCCGUCUCGGCGAAGGACGAGGCUCGCUACAAGCAGCUCGCCUCGAGGCUGCGCAAGCGGAGGGCGGAGGGCGGCAGCAGUGAGAGGCCGGGCGGAGGCACGCCCUCGGCAGCCCCGGCGGGAGGAGCUGCGGCCGAGGGUGGCGAGCCGGCGGCGGAAGGGGAGUGCAUCUAG